AUGUCAGGCCUCCGUUUUGCGAUCAUGUUGGUGCUGCUGGCCGUGGCUGUGCGGACCACUACGGCAGCAUCCCCUUGGAUGGGCUUCUUCUGCCCCAAGGACAGCUGCCCCCACUGCUACUACGGCUUCCAGACCUGCUUUGCGACAGCCGGCCAGUACCAGAACGAGAACUUCGCCGCCUUCUCCCUCGAGCCCAUCGCCAGCGACACCGCCGAGGGGUUCAACUUCACCGUCCUCUUCUACAACAACGCGUCGUGCUCCGGGCUGGAGCAAGUGGUCGCGCGCACGCCCAGCUGCGCGCUCGGCGCCUGCUGUGCCACGGGUCUGGUCACCCUCCACCUCAACAGCGACGUGGAGUUUCACGCCUUCACCGUGCUCAACAUGACCUCCUCGACCUCGCCCUCGCCCUCGCCCACACCGAAGCCGUGCGACAGCGACGACGACAAGCCGCCGCUGUGGACCGUCAUCGUGAUGGCCGCGCUGGGCGGCUCCUCGGCCGUGUUGCUCGUCGUCGUUGUGGGGUUGGUGUGCUUUCUGGUCAAGAGAGGCCAGUACCAAACCCUCAACUGA